ACUUAGAUAGUUUAACUAAAGCGGUUCUUUAAACUUAAAUAGUUAUUAUUGCAUUGAAUUCUUCUUUUCAAGAUAAUUAUCUCACCAUAUAUUUCCAAUACAACCAAUUAGCCCUUUCAUUUACCCGUAUUUCAGCUAUAACAAUGAGGCAAAUUUUAGUGUUUAGUAUGGUUCAUCCUAGACUUUGACAUGCUAAUUUUCAUGUUCUUUUUUUUCACUUACAGUUAUAGCCUUAAUAAUAGACACCUAUUUCUUGGCGUAAUGGCUAUCAUGAACUUCUUUUGAUCUUCUUUACUUGUCUUCUUCCUUUCUUUUUCUUGCUUCUGUAUUAUCGCAUUUGUGAGACACGCUUUCCAUUAGAUUUAUAGACAGAAAUAUGGAAUGAAAGGUGAACUAAACCAAUAAAUGGGGAUUUACAGACAAUUCGAAGUGCUAGUUAAGUUGGAUGUAACUGAACAUUGUCAUCAAUAUUGUAAUUUCUGUUUAUCAUUAUGGAAGAAAAUGUCCAUUCAUCUAUAUAUGUGUGGAUCAAGCCUAACUUUUUUAAUACUAUCUUCAGCUGAACUAUGAUGACUCAAGUUGAAUAAAAUAUUUCCUCAAUUUGUAUGUGAGCAUUUUAUUUGUGCAAUAGUUCGUGCAUGCUUAUAUGUAUGUUUUCCAUCAGCUUAUACCGAUGUGUGUGUGCGCGCGCACAUGUGCACAAGAGCUUAUUGGAUAUAUGGUUAAAAGAGCACUGCUUAGGCACUCUGAUAAAAUAAAAAAUGGAUAAAAAAAGAAAAUGUGCUAAAAGACAGAAAGGAUGUUUUUGUCCUUUGUAUGUUUUUAUCUCUUUGUUCCAUCUUCUCAAAGCCAUUAUUUUCUCAUGUCCCUGCUUUUUCUCCGUUUGCAUUCCCACGAAACGCGAACAUAUGAUUGAUAUCAGAUUUUAUUUUAUAAACUAGGACACUAAAAGAGUGAAAAAUAUGUAUUACAUGAUUAUUUCUUUGGAAUAACUUUAUUGAAAACAGGAUAAAUAAUAUACAUAAAUUUUUAUCCACUAGACUUUAUCCGCAUUAAAUUUUAAGGAAAUAAGUUCAAAACUUAUCUAAUGGGAUACAUACUUUUUUCUCAAUUUAUCCAAAAGUUUAUCAUCAACAGAAUAAUUGCUUCUUAGCUGCAAGCCAAGUUUAAAUGCCAAAUAUGCUUCAAGAAAAUGUUUAAUUUGAAACAAGAAGGCAGUGUAGAUAGGAUUUGUAAACUAGCACAUUAUAAUAUUCUAACUGAUAGUAGGUUCUGUUUCUAUCCCAUUAAUUUAGUUCAGUUCCUAAUUUGCCCUUAUUGUUAAAAGAUGAGUUGAAUUUAUUUAUAAGAUUACCCAUGGCAUUCUUUAACUACCUGACUCUACAACUUAGGAUGGUAGAGCUGUUGGCUUAUUUUCAAUGGUGGGUAUAGAUCUCUGGAAACGUUUGUAUUAUUACCCGUGGCAUUCCUUAACUACCGUAUCCUACAACUUAGGAUGGGAGAGCUGUUGGCUUUUUCUUUUUUAUCUUAGUCAUCUCUUUUUCUAUUACAGAUUAUGGCUGCUUUCGAAUUGAAGAGUACCCCCAAGAAGAUGAAGGAAGAGGUUUCUAAUGAGUCAAUGGCUAACGAGGAUACAGAAAAGAUGAUCUCACCCUUUACUCUAGAUGGAUCGACCGACAAAAAAGGAAACCCUGCAAUCAAAGCAAAAACUGGGAGGUGGAACUCAGCUGCACUACUGCUAGUGAAUUAUGGUAUGUGUACUCUAGCAUUCUUCGGAGUUGGUGUCAAUCUAGUUCUUUUCCUCACAAGGGUACUCCAGCAAGAAAAUGCUGUAGCAGCAAACAAUGUCAGCAAAUGGACAGGAACUGUGUACAUCUUCUCACUUGUUGGAGCGUUUUUAAGUGAUUCCUAUUUGGGUCGUUACCUUACUUGUGCUAUCUUUCAAAUGAUCUUUUUGGCGGGAUUGGCACUUCUCUCGCUAUCAUCAUCAUUCUUAUUGGUGAAACCGUCUGGUUGUGGAGAUGGAAAACUAGAAUGUAAUCCAGUAUCGGCUGCUGGCACCGGUGUCUUCUAUCUCUCAAUCUUCCUUAUCGCUUUAGGAAGCGGAGGAUACCAGCCCACAGUAGCAACUCUCGGAUCAGAACAAUUUGACGAAAAUGACCCUAUUGAAAAACACUCAAAGAUUGCAUUCUUCAGCUACUUCUAUUUUGCUCUCAAUGCUGGUUCAGUCUUAUCCAACACUCUCUUGGUGUACUAUGAGGAUUCUGGCAAGUGGAUUAUGGGCUUCUGGUUGUCGACUGGGUCCGCUGCUCUAGCACUAGUACUAUUUUUAUUAGGGACACCAGGAUAUAGGCAUUUAAAGCCCUCAGGAAAUCCUUUGACUAGAAUUGCUCAAGUCUUUGUUGCUGCAAUUAGGAAGUGGAGUGUUAAGGUACCUGAAAAUGGUGAAAUGUUGUAUGAAUUGGAAGGAAAGGAGUCGGCAAUUGCAGGAAGUAGGAAAGUACCUCAUAGCAAUGAAUUCAGGUUCUUGGACAAGGCUGCAACACUCACUGACGGCGAGUACAGCACAAGUGCAUGGCGUCUUGCCACUGUAACACAAGUGGAAGAAGUGAAAUGUGUUCUAAAAAUGCUCCCUAUCUGGCUCUGCACAAUAAUCUACUCAGUCGUCUUCACCCAAAUGGCCUCUCUCUUCGUCGAGCAAGGAGCCGCAAUGGAGUCCAACGUGGGCUCCUUCCACAUCCCCCCAGCAAGCAUGUCCCUCUUUGACAUCCUCUCCGUCCUCUUCUUCAUCGUUAUCUACCGCCGGCUCCUCGUCCCUCUCCUUUCCCGUUUUACAAAAAACCCACGCGGCCUCUCUGAACUCCAACGGAUGGGUGUCGGCCUGGUCAUUGGCUCUCUCGCCAUGCUCGUCGCAGGACUUCUUGAAGUCCAAAGGCUCAAAAGAGUCACAAACAAACAACAGCCUAGUUCUCUCUCUAUCCUAUGGCAGAUCCCUCAGUAUGUGCUUAUCGGUGCGUCAGAGGUUUUUAUGUAUGUUGGUCAGCUGGAAUUCUUCAAUGGACAAGCGCCUGAUGGGCUUAAGAGCUUUGGAAGCUCGCUAUGCAUGGCUUCGAUGUCUCUUGGGAAUUAUGUCAGUAUCAUUCUGGUGACUAUCGUUAUGAAGGUUACUGUGGUUGAGGGGAGUCCUGGUUGGAUUCCUGGCAAUCUCAACUUUGGUCGUCUCGAUAACUUCUACUUCAUGCUUGCUGGGUUGACUGUGGUGGAUUUGGUGGCGUAUAUGUUUUGCGCAAAGUGGUAUAAAUAUAUUAAGGUGGAGGAGAACGAGAAGAGCGAGGUCGCGCUCAUGAUGAUCUAGAUAUCGGAAACUUUGUAUGGAGAUAGAAGUGGUAGUUUGUGCUUUGGUGAAUUUUCUCGAGUUUAGUAGGUUUUUGGAAUCUGAUGCAGUAAUAAAUUAGGUUUAUGUUUGAACAAUUUCUGAUUUAGUGUGCAGUUAAGAGUUAAGAGUUGUUUGAAAAUUUAUUCCUUUUCAAUAAUAUGCUCAGUAACUUCUGGUGUAAAAGUGGUGUUUUGCUUCAGUGUCUACUACUUUUCUUCAA